UCGCCGCCUCCAUCGACGGAGCCCUAGCUCUCAACUCGACUCGACUCGCUUCGCUUCUCACCGCCGCCGAGCGCCUCGCUGUAGACAAAGCUCCUCCUCGCUCGGUAGUGUACGAGAGGAACAGUAGAUGGUGAAGGGGAGGCAGAAGCCGAGGCCGGCCAACGCGCCGGCCGAGGUGGUCUUCGACCCGUCGUCCUCCAUCGCCCGCAAGCCCCGCCGCCCCGGGGCGCCGUCGGCAAGCAACGAGUGGCACAGCUUCAUGGGAUCGAGUCUUUCGGAUAUGUACCAGAAGCCAGUUGUAGAGAAAUCUGCUGACAUGUCUGAUGAGGAGCCUGACAUUGAUAUUGGGAAGCUGUUGAAAGACGUUGAGCUCUUUGGCGCGUCUACAUGGAAGGAACGGAAGCAAAUAGAGAACCGUAGAGUGGUCGGAUUGGGUGGGAAGGCCAUUAAGAAGCACCGUACACCAUUAAGUGUGGCGAAGCCAGCUCUGAAGAAUCAGAAGAAACGAGAGCAGAGGAAAAUUGAAGAGGAAAAAUUACUUGGGAUUUUCAGGAAGCGAGAUAACAAGAAUAGCAAAGCUCAGAAGACUAGACCAGAGGACCGAGUUCUCAGGGCCACGGAAGGGCACUUCAAGAAUGGUAUACUUGACGUGAAGCAUCUUCUGGCGGCACCAAAACCAUCGGGCAGGGAUGCGCCGGAACCGAAGAUGAGAAAGGGCAAGAAGAAGGGGAAAGGUAAACAGAAGGGAGGCAAAGGGAAGAGACGUUGAGGAAAACUCCUUGUAGUCGGUUUUGUAUUAAGAUAGAUGCAUGAGGAUUAUAUCCAAUAUGAUCAUCUUUAUGGCGAUACCUUGUAAUCAGUUUUGUAUGAGACACUUCCUUGUUCUGCUGAUAUCUUCAAAGUCAUCCUUGAAACAUAAACGAGGUUAUCCUCCAGGCUGCCAUUCCACAAAGGCGUAUUGUUUCA